GAGAUAUAUUAUCAAUCAAUAUCGAGUGCAUUCAAAUUCCAAAUCGUGCCUAAUACAGCAAAAACAAAAGAAAAAGAAAAUAAGAAAUAAAAUAAAAGAAUAUAUAAAAACCAAAACCAAAAUGCAACUGCAACUGCAAUGCGGUCCCCCCCUGCCUUUACCUUUGACCCGUUAGCGACGGAAGUGCCAGUGACGUAAUACAAUACUCCAGACUCCGAGCGCGGAGGAGAGGAAUGCAAAGCGCGGCCCUUGUCGACCCCACUCGACGGACACACGGAUUCAAUUGUGUAACAAAAACAACGCAAAUUUCAGUACGACACCCCGCUCCCGAGCAAUAUGCUGAGUGCCAGGACCUGGCCCUGGCUGACAGUGCGUAGGAAAAGUAUUCACAUGACUGGCCAAGCCAUUCUGUACAUCAAGGUGUUCAAGCUGACGACAUAGACCGUUCAGAGGGGAAACGAGUGCGCCUAAAUGUCUUCCGGAAUCAAUUGUCGUGAGAUUUUCGUAUUUUUGGAAAUUUUGAUUUGGAAUCAAACGAAACAGAGAAAUCGACAAAACAGUCAGCAUAGCAACAACAAUAGCGGCGGCAGCAAAGAGACAACAACCAGCGGCGGCGGCAGCAGCAGCAGAAGCAGCAACCACAAAAAUCACUGCAACCGGAGAAGCGGCAACAACAACGCAGUGAAAGUGAUAAAGCAGCAGCAGCAGCAGCAGCAACAGCAACAGCAGAGGCAGCCACUGCCCCUGCCACUGCACGAAGCAGGAAAAAACAAAAACUCUCGUAGCAGCAGCAGCAGCACGAACAGCAACAACAACUGUCUGCAUAUUCUGCAAAAGGGUUGAACAAAUGAACAAUUAACAAAUCAUUGAUGAAUCGCUUUAAACAUUAAACAAAACAAAACAAAAACACAAGUUAAAAAAUACGCGAACAAGUGUCUUAUUAAUAAAUAGUUAAACAAAACAAACAAGCAACAAUAUAACAUUAUAUAAUAACCAGAUCCAGCAACAUCAACAAUUUAGUACCUACAGGCCUGACAACGUUAGAUCAUUAUACUAUAGUAUACAUCUAUAGCAAUAUACACCAUAUAUACAGACAUAUAUAUAUAUAUACCUAUAUACAUACCCAAAUCGAUUGGCAAGUCCCCCGCCCCCCACCCUCUCACAACCCCUCUGUCUCACAAACACCCACACACUGUGAUAGUUCUUGAUUCACACGGAAAAGCGGAAGUCGAAGGAAAUUCAUUCGUAAAGAUAUAUGGAAGCGAACAGCGGAUAGUAGACAAGAGGAAGACCAAGUGCAAUAAGAAAUUGGCUAACAAAUCAUAGCCGAAGGGCAGCUACAUACAUAUAUAUACAUAUAUGGUAUAUAUAUAUAUA